UUGUGAAAAACCCUUAAAUAAACUAUGUUGUUUGUUUUAAAAAAACAAAGGGAAAACACACCAUCAGCCCACCACCACACAACACCUUUUUCCUUCACUUUCCCACCUUCUCUAGUCACCACCUAGCCACCCCACCACUCGCCGCCCCUCCCCUCCCCCGCAAAAUCUUGCGGCAAGGGUUUUGAGGGUGGGGGAGAGGCUGCCGACAUUUUACGAGGAGGGGGAUACAUAUCAACCUCUCAGGGGAAGCAUCUCCUUCGCGACAACAAUUUUAACCACCACCUAUGGUGGUGGCGUUGGUGAGGUGUGUAGUUGUUUGUGUGGAAGAAGAAAGUCAAUUGGCAGUGAUGGAGGAUGGAGAAUGGAGAAAGGAGGAAGAAAUCAAUGAAAGUACAAAAUUGCCCCUAUUAAUGAGUAAAAUGACUUAUAUACCCUUGGUAUACCAAUCAGGUCGAUGAACUUGUAUUUACUCUCGUUUAACACAACUCCUUUACUUGCAAAAAUCUCAAUCAAGGCAUAAACCCUUGCCUCCCUCAACUAUCGCCCCCAGCAGUCCAGCACUAAACUUAACAGUUAAAACCCUUUCUCUUCAAUGGCCGCAUAAUUGCAAAUUCAACUAACUGUUUCGUUUUCAAUAAAAAUAAAAGAGAGAGAGAAACAGUAGAGGUUUUCUGAAGAAGUUGGGUCGAUAAAAAUGGCGGCAACCUCCAUAGCAGCACAACUUCAAGCUCUCAAAUCUUAUGUAAAAGCAGAUACAGAGGCCCCCAGAAGAUCUAUUACUCGACCCUCUGUUCUAUUCAACCCUAAAGAGGCUGCUGACCUUGAUAUUGAUACCAUCCUUAGCCUUGCUCUUUCUGGUUUGGAAGUUCUUGAAAAAAUUGAUGAUCGGUUCAUAAAUCACAAGCAUGAUCUGUUUAGUCAUAAAAGCAGAGAUCUAGAUAGGGAGUUGAUGGGCAUUGAAGAAAAUAAACGCAUUAACUCUUCAAUCAGUGCUUAUUUGCACUUGCUUUCUGGACAUUUUCAAUCACCUUCUGCGUUUAAGACACUUGAGUACCUGAUUCGACGAUAUAAGAUUCAUGUGUAUAAUGUUGAGGAGUUAAUCUUAUUUGCACUACCUUAUCACGAUACUCAUGCAUUUGUUCGAAUCGUGCAAUUAAUUGACUUGGGAAAUAGUCGAUGGAAAUUUCUUGACGGUGUCAAAGGAUCUGGUGCACCACCUCCCAGAGAGGUUUUUGUCCAGCAAUGCAUACGUGACAUGGGUGUUCUCGAGGUUAUAUGCAGCUAUGCAACUCCUGUAAAGAAGCAUAAGCCUGCCACACCCAUGAUCAGUUUUUGCACAGCAGUUGUAGUUGAGGUUUUGGGGUCACUGGCAACUGUUGAUAGUGAUACUGUGAAGAGAAUUCUUCCCUUUCUGAAUUCUGGUCUGCAAUCGGGUGGUAAAGGGUCUUCUGAUUAUAAAGCUGGCACUUUGAUGAUUGUUGGUCUAUUAGCAAACAGAGUAUCCUUGUCUUCCAAACUGGUCAGCAGCUUGGUCCGUUCAGUGGCUGAGUUGGCUCAAGCAGAUGCACAAGCGUCAACAGAUUUACAGUGGGUUCAGUUAUCAAUUAUGGCUUUAAUCAACAUUGUGCAGUUGCAGUCUGUUGAAACACUCCCUAAGAAGGUGGUAGACAUCCUGAAAGAGAUUGAAGCUCUCCCUGGAAUUCUUUCACAAAUGACCACAAGGUUCAAUAUUGACAGAUUUCUUACUGUGCUCUUGGAGUCCCUUAUUGACUAUAGUAUUUCUGACAGUCGGUGCAAGCUUGCUGUAGUAUCUAUUAUUGAUACUGUUAUUAUCAAGGGUCUUGUUCGAGUUAUAGUUUUCAGGCUUCUUUCUGCGUGUGUGCGAUUGUCACAGAACACUGAUAAUUUAGAUAUCUCAGAUUCAGGGAGCUUUGCAAAGCAAAUUUUGCUUCUUCUCAAUAAAAAGUAUCCCAAUGAAUUACGUUCUUCUGUUCAUGAAUUCUUGAAUGACAAAAAGGUGCAGCUGAAGGGUGAAAAUUCAGUGGUUGAGGGUUUGUGCAAGAUGCUGGACGGAAACAUAACAUCAUCUGUAGCCUCUACGGACUCAAAGGUCUGGUUUGGACUUGAAAAUCCAAAGGCGGAAAUCAGACGGGCUACACUCUCUAAUCUUGACCUGUCCACCUUUUUGAAUGGUGGUGUUACGUCAGAGUGGCUUGUAACUGUCCAGGAGGCAGUUGUUCAUUGUCUCUCUGAUGAUGAUCUGAGUGUUGUUCAGGCAGCUCUUUCUCUUGAUAAAUUGUCCGAGCUUAUAGACUCUGCUCGUCUCCUGGAGAUGUAUCGGCAUUUGCUUCUGAAAUGCACUCAGAUUAUAUGGUCAGGUGGAUCUGAGAAUCUUUCUCUUGCUGGUGAGGUUGCUAUUUUAUGCCUGAAGCACGCAGUUUCUUUCUUACAAGACCGAACUGAUUUUGUGGAGCAAGUUGCUACAAUGAUAUUUCCCUUCAUUUUUGUUUUUCCAAGGACAAAGAAGUUGAACUUGAAGGCCCAGAAAUUGGCCAAGGAAAUAAAGUGGCCUUUCUACAGAGACCUAAUCUUGGCAUCUGAGGUUAAAAAGGACCUUAAAAAGAAAUCUGGGAAGGAGUGGGUUUCUGGUGUUAAUAUGCCAACUGUUUGCAGCUUGGUGAAUGUUUUUUCUGAGGGUAGCAAAGAAUUAAUGCCGUGGCUUAUCAAGUGUUGUACUGAAUCUGAAUUAUCUAAAACAUUAUUCUUCUUGAUAUUGCUACAGUCAUUUAUCAUGCAGAAGAAUGCCUUUCAUCAAUUUUCCACUUUGUAUGAAACUUGCUAUGCUUUUAUUAAGGCGGAGUGGAAAGCAAUUGAGCAUGUUGAAAAUGUUUUGCGUGGUCAGGAGUUCAGUUCUAGGAUUCUUGAUUCAGAAGACAAUAAGUUCCUAAAUGAGCUUGAUGAAAAUAAUCUUAAGAAUUUGAAUGCAAGGAUCCUGGUAUUUGUGUUUUGGAGGGCAAUUAAGGCAUAUAUCUCAGUGGUGCCAACAGGUGCUGACAUGGAUGAGGAUGGAAAAUGGAUGCGCACUUUGCGGGAUUUUUACGCCUUCUUUGCUGAAUCUAAUCUGAAGCAUGUUUUCAAGGAGCACAAAAAUUAUCUUGUUCAAAACUGCAGGGUCUCUCCCAUCCAUUUUCUCUCAGCCUUUGUUAGUGAUCCAGGAGUUUCCACUAGAUUACAAAUUGAGAGUCUGCAUUCAUUUGCUAUGUUAUGUUCUCAGGCAGACGAGGGUUCUGCUUUGCAGCAUUUGGCUGGAUUUCCUUUAACUCUUGUUCCAUUGUCUAGUGAUGACCAGGAUAUCAGGGCAGCUGCUAUAAGCUAUGUUGAAGAGCUUAACACCCUGUGUUCCCGUGUAAAAUAUGUGGGCAAGAAAAAUGGAAAUAAUGACAUUUGGAGUUCUUCUAUUGAUGAACUUUUGAGCUUGCUGGUACAACAUAAGAAGUUGAUCGUUUCGGAUAGGGAUUUCCUUCCUUCAUUGAUGGCAUCAAUACUAUCAUCAUCUUUCCAGAGCCUUCGUGUGCCACUGGAUGUUGGUCAGAAAUUAGAUAAGUCUACCAUUGAUAGGAUUCUCACUUUCAUACUAGGAUCUGCUAUGAAAUUUCCUGGAUAUGCAAAGCUAAAAGUAAUCUCACUUCUGAAAGAGUUGGGUGUCUCCAUCAUGCGGGUAAAGGAUGUUGAGUCUCUGUUGUGUGAUCUUUUGCAGCAGCGUUACAGUUACCAUUUUAAGCUUGAUAAGUCGCACCGAGAGUUGUCUGGCAUUGAUGUGGAUAUCCUCUGCCUUUUAAUUGAGAUCUGUUCCAUGCCCAUAUCAUCAGAUAUACAUAUUGUUGAAGACCAUCUAUUGCCUGCAUUAUGCAUUGAAGGUUUGUUGCUAGAUGAUGCCGCUAUAGUAAGGCCAUGUGUUGCAUUUUUGCAGAAGCUGAACGGAAAUCUAUACAGAAGUUUAAGUUCUGAGACACAGCAAAAACUUUUCCAGCAGUUGGUGCUUCUUUACCAUGAUGCUAACAAUGAUGUACAGAAUGCCACUAGGGAAGCAUUGUUGCGUUUAGAUGUUUCUGCUUCAACUGUUGCCUCCAUUUUGAAUACUAUCCUCGUAUAUGAAGGUGAUUUAGUGGCUUCCUCACACCGGAAAAAGAAAUCUAAGAAGCAUAACGCUGGUUUAUUUUCAGUAGGCCGAAGUGCACUUAGCUCUAUUAGCUCUCUUCUUGAUGUUCUGUUAUUAAAGAAAGACAUGGGAAACAGGGCCCUUCUUGUAGAGCCUCUUUUUCAGCUUCUUAGGAAAGCCUUCACAGAUAAGUGGGUCCAUGCAGUUACCCAAGAGGAGUGGGUUCCAGCUUUAUCAGGCAUCUCUCAAACCACAUCUAAUGCAUUGUCUUACAUACAGCAGACAGUGUUGCUUAUCUUGGAGGAUAUCAUUUCUUCACUUUCAGAUGAUCUCUCACUGAACAACGGAGUAUUUGAUAAAUUUGAUGCCGCACUACUUGUUGAAUGUGCACAGUCUGCGUCAGAUGUUGUUACCAGCAAUCAUGUAUAUUCACUAUUUGCUACAAUUGCUAAGGUUGAACCUGGCAAGAUAUUGCACCAUAUUCCUGCAAUUCUCGCUGUUAUCAGUAAAUCAACUGUGUACCACGAUGAUAGUCAUUCAAAACGUGUAUUUGAAGGGUUAGUUUCAACUGUUGUUCCUUGCUGGUUAUCUAAGAUGGAUGGUGCUGAUAAUUUGCUCCAAAUCUUCAUAAAUGAAAUGCCUGGUGUUGCUCAGCACCAAAGGCUGUCAAUCACACUCCAUUUCUUGAAGACUCUUGGAGAAAGCAGUAGUAUGGGGUCGUUGUUAGUCCUCCUUUUCCGUUCAUUGGUUUCAAAAGAGAGAUUUUCUUCUCUUCACAGUGAGAUAGACACUUCUGGCUUCAUAAACUCUGUAGUUCAAACAGAAUGGGAGUAUAAUUUUGCUGAACAAAUAUGUGAACAAUAUACAUGUUUGAUAUGGCUCCCUUCCCUUGUUUCAUUGCUUAAGCAAUUGCAGGGAGGUGUUUCUGACAAUAAUCAGUGUGUGACAUUGUUAUUUGCCUUGAAGUUUGUUUUGGGGAAGCUGCAAAAUCCUGAAGUUGUCAUGAAGCUUCAGUCGAUGGAAGAUAUGGAAACAAUCCAGAAAACACUUACUGAACUCAUGGUACAGGUUGUUUUUUGUUGGCAAUUCAUUUUCUUAAGUAAGAAAAAGACAUCACUUCCAAUCUUUUUGAAGAAGGAGCUUAAGGAGAUUAUCCAUGCUGUUUUAAUGAAGAUAACAAAUGGAAUGCUCCCUUCAGCCUUUUUCCAAGGUGUUAUUAGGUUGCUGGUUCAGACUGAUAAAGGUCCAAGGAAGAAGGCCCUUCAAGUUCUGUGUAAAUCUGUGAGAGACCUUGAUGCUCUUAAAUCUAAAAAUGAAAGGGAGCGAAAUGUGCAUUUGAGAGGCUCUUGGAAUCAUCUUGAUGGAAUUGAUUUAGACUCGUUUGCUGCACUUUGUCUGGAAAUCUUGCAGUUAGUUGAUGGUUCUGAUAAUGAUCUCAAUGUAUCUGUCAGGCUGGCCGCAAUUUCGGCAUUGGAGAUUUUAGCCAACAAGUUUCCUUCCAAUCAUGCAGUUUUCAGCAAAUGCCUUGCGAUUGUUGUGCAAAAUGUGUUAUCUGAUGAUCUUGCUGUUUCUUCUGGUUGUCUCCGUACAGCUGGUGCAUUGAUAAAUGUUCUGGGACCAAGGGCACUGCCUGAGCUUCCUGAAAUCAUGAAAAAUGUUUUGCAGAGGACUCGGGCUGUGUCUCUGUCAUCAGGAGCACGCAAAGAAUCUGCUGAGGACAAUGGUAUUCAGAUAUCUUCAAAGGAUACCCUUAUGUUAGCUGUACUAGUCACUUUGGAGGCACUUGUAGAAAAUCUGGGUGCCUUUUUGAAUCCCUACCUUGGUGAUAUUGUAGAAAUUGUGUUGCUGCAUCAAGACUUUGUAUCAGAAUCCAACCAGAAAAUAAAAUCCCAGGCUGAUAAUGUACGAAGGUUAGUUAGUGAGAAAGUUCCUGUCAGGCUAGCAUUACCUGCAUUGCAGAAUGUGUACACAAAAGCUGUGAAGGCAGGGGAUUUGAGCUUGUCUACAGUAUUUGAGUUACUCCAGAAUUUUGUUAGCAAAAUGGACAAAUCAUCAGUGAGCGGCUACCACACAAACAUAUUUGACCUCUGUAUGAUGGCUCUGGAUCUUCGCAGUCAGCACCUUGCUUCAAUUAAGAAAGUUAAUUUCGUGGAGAAACAUGUCAUCAGUGCAAUGAUUGCUUUGACGAUGAAGAUGACAGAGACAAUGUUCAAGCCUCUCUUCUUACGAAGUAUUGAAUGGGUAGAGUCUAGUUUGGCAGAAACUAAUCAUAUGGGGCCCAGAAACAUUGGAAGAGCAGUUUCUUUCUAUAAUUUGGUCAACAAGCUUGCUGAAAAUCAUCGGUCACUGUUUGUCCCAUAUUUCAAGUAUUUGCUUGAGGGAUUUAUCAGUUUUUUAUCUGAUGAUGAUGAUAAGACUAGUCAAUCUAGAAAGAAAAAGAAGGCCAAGAUUCAGAAUUCUGAAAGCAAAAAGAAUGAGGCAGUUGAUUCUUUGUCACUUGAAAAAUGGCAUCUCAGGGCUUUGGUCUUGUCGUCCCUGCAUAAAUGUUUUCUUUAUGAUACUGGGAGUGUUAAAUUUCUGGACUCCACAAAAUUCCAACUUCUCUUGAAGCCCAUUGUCUCACAGCUUAUUGUUGAACCACCAGCUUGUAUUGAAGAUCAUCCAGAUAUACCAUCUCUGGAGGAAGCAGAUGAAAUCUUGGUUUCUUGCGUUGGUCAAAUGGCUGUAACAGCAGGUUCCGACCUUCUUUGGAAGCCCCUGAACUAUGAGGUAUUGAUGCAAACCCGGAGUGAAAUGGUGCGAUCCCGUCUUUUAGGCCUGAGAAUUAUCAAAUACCUGGUCGAGAAUUUGAAAGAGGAGUACCUGGUGUUACUGGCUGAAACAAUUCCUUUCCUUGCUGAGUUGCUGGAGGAUGUGGAGUUACCAGUUAAGACACUUGCACAAGAAAUUCUCAAGGAGCUGGAGUCUCUGAGUGGCGAGAACCUUCAGGAAUACUUUUGAUCAUAUGAUUUACCAGGCUCCUGGCGAAUUGUUACCAAUCAAUCUUGAGAAAAUGAGAAGGGAUGGCUGAAGUAAAUACUCCUUAUAAACUGUGGUGUUUUCUUUUCAGUUCUUUCUAACCAGGAGAGAGCACUUAUGAGUUAGAUCCCAAUUUUGCCGUGAAAUUUUGGUCCUUGUAGUUGCAGAACUAUCAAUUUUUUUUUUUUUUUUUUUUUUUGGUCUUUCGUAAUGCCAAGGCUUGAUUUUCUUAUGUAUUUGUAUACAAACUUAAAACUCUAGCACUUCGAAUCAAAUCAACUGUCUACACAUGAUGAAUUUUUGGCAAGAAAA